GCCAACUCGGAUCGGAACACGCUUGUGGACAACAUCGUUAUUCCCAAUCCUUUCCUGGCGACGAAGCUCAGGUUGAACCAGCUGGAGUUCUUUGCCGAUCCUUGUAUGCGCGUGGACAUCAUCGGAUGUACGAGAGCCAAUACUGUCGGGGUUGACUCUUUGACUAUUCCGCUUGAGACUGACUUCGCACCCUACAGCCACAUUCUAUUUUUCAUGGCCUCUUACCUGCAGGAGCAAAGCACACCGUUCUCGUACUUGCUUCCGGACGAGGAUGGCCGUGUGACAGAUCUGGUGUUCAUCGACCAAGACUUGGACCAUGAAGAACUUGGUGGUGCAGUGACUUGGACACCGCCGCCAGUUCUCACUGAGAACAUUGUGGCCUAUAGGGUUGUCUUCUCUCAAGACACUAUGGGUGUGGUGGACCGGCGAGAUAUUGUGGAAGAGCCUGGUACUGCUCUCUCCUCCACGAUUCCAGAGAACACCGCCAUCUUGCAGUCCACAUACUUGGCAGUUUUCACUCGUUCAAGUUCUACAGAGGGAAGUACUCCCACAGCCAUCGAGCUUGUUGACAGUGCGGUGAAUGUCAGCAAUGUAUCGUUUGUUGACUAUGACCUGGAUGAUGACCACAUUGCUGGAGUUCUCACUUAUGACCCUCCGGAAGACACUUCUGUAGUGACACAUUUUGUUCUGUACUUGGCCCGUCAGGUGAAUGGCAUUUUCGAACGGGCACCAUAUGCUUUCAACGUCUCCUACGACAAUCUCCAGGAGGCGACAUCAUUCGCCACCAGCACCCAGGUUGGAGAAGAUUGGAACGAGACAAAUGCGACAUCCUCCACAACCACUGGUACUAGCACAACCAGCAGCUCAACAACAUCCACCACAACUGUUGCCUCCAUUUCAGACACUCAGAGGCUUGAGAUUCCUUGUGACACAGAGCUUUUGGGCUACACCCACAUGCUGAUCUACUGUGAGCAGACCUAUCCUGUGAUCGUGGAACUGGACAACGCAUACUCGAAAGUGGCAAACAUCAGUUACUUUGCAGAGGAUUUGAACUUGGACAAUUUGGAGGGCAGCAUCGAAUGGGAUCACCCUGAUGAAUAUUCCAAAGUCUUGGUCUACCAAGUAAAGCUCCAGGAUGCGGCUGGGGGUUCUGAUUUGCUCCUGCGGGCAAAUUUGGUACAGGAGAGCACCAAUGUCACUGUGCAGGGCUUAAAGCAUGUGGUCUCUCUUUAUCAGGAUGUGGUCUCAGCCUACAGGGUUUUCAUUGCAAUGAAUCAGCGGGGUCUUGACAGGAUAUCUGCAGCUGCAGAGGUGUCAGUUGGUACAUCGGAGGUUUUGGUGCACACGGUUUCAAGCCUGGAAGAACAGACGACGCCUACAUGGAAGAAUGUUAGCGACACCAACUUUCAGGUGGAAUUGCCAGCGGAGACAUCGAUAGCUCCCAGUGACUACUUAUUGCUAUAUGCUGCUACUGCACUGCAAGAGCAAACUUGGCCUGCCACCCGCUACAUCCCAGAUGAUUCAUUCGACGUUCGCAACCUUGCCUUCACCGAUUUGGACUUGGAUCAAGAUGAGCUUGGUGGUGUAUUGAGCUGGACGGAACACUCCUACAGGUACAAAGUCGAAAGCUACCACGUCUAUUUGGCCUCAGACGCAGCUGGAACCAAUCGAAAUAGGCUCACGAACGCGACAGGUGAGGCCCGCUUCACGACCACCUUUGACGUGCCAGCAGAUACAGCGGCGGUCGAUAGUGCUGGAGCCACAGCGACUCACUUCGUGGUGUACCAGCAAACCAGCUUGGUUGAAGAGACAACGCCUGCGGCUUUGGCCAUCUCAGACACUGGUAUCCAAGCCCAGCAGGUCCUGUUCACUGACUACGACCUGGACGUGAACGAACUAGGAGGGAACAUCAGCUGGCAGCAGCCAUCGCUGGAUACCAGCCUGAUUUCACAUUACCUGGUGUAUUUUUCGCUGGACAAUGCUGGCGCCAAUCGAUUUCAUUUCACUACCGUUGAGCAGGGCACAACUACAGAGGUGCAUGUGCCAGCAGACUAUGUGCUGGUCUACGCACAGUCCACAUGGGCAGAGCAGACCACGCCAGCAUACAUCAAGAUAGCGGAUGCGGAUAUGCCUGUCACAAAUGUUGUUUGGGUUGGAGAGGACACCACACAUGGUAUUUUCUUGGGAGUGGUGAAGUAUUGCAGUGAAUGCACUGCACUGUAUGCCGUGUAUUUGGCAGACGACGCUGCUGGCUUGAACAAGCAACUGGUGAAUUGGACGGGUAGCCUCAGCGGCUACAAUCUCACCGAGUUGGAGGCAUCUGGAGCCUUGUCCUACAUUGAGCUUGGAGAGGCAUUGGCUGAAGCCACCACUCCCAGCUUCCUGUCUUUUGCCGGAGCAGCAGACAAUGCCUCGGUGAAGGAGGUGAAUCUCACCGACGAUGCGGCUUGGUAG